GUGAUAGACGACGCUCAACAAUCUCACCAGGAGGUCUAUGGCCAGGGUGGCUAUGACAACCAAGCCAAGUUCUCCCACGAACUCGUCGGUGGUGCUGCUGCUUUUGAGGGCAUGAAGCUCUUCGAGGACCAUCAACGCAGCGAGGGCAAGCCCGUCUCCCACCAAUUCGCCAAGGAACUCCUUGCUGGUUUCGUUGGAGGUGAAGUUGACAAGCUCGCUGAGACCAAGGGAAUGGAUGCUUGGGAUUCUGAGCAGGCAAAGAGAAAAGGCAAACAGCAGGCUGAGAACAUGUACGAUCAACACUACGACGGAACUGAUCAGUACGACCCCAACCAGCGUCAAGGACCAAACUUCAACUACUAA